CGCAGUGUCUUCUCCAGUACUGAACAUCAGAAAGCUAUCCAAGAAAAUUGAAUAAAGCUAACUGAUAAUCCAAAUCGCAGGCAUCAGGGCAAACGUGAGCACGAACGCAAGGAUCGCUCCAGCAGCAUAAGAGCAAUUAGGAAGGAAAGUUGAAAACCAAUUCCAGCAGAUUCCAGUUUUACAAAUUAUAAGAUAGUUAUUCAAAAUUUAAAUUUUCUUGUUCAAGUUUAGUACCAUCAUAAAAGAGAAAAACAUAUUUUACGGCUUCGUUUUACCCUCUGACACAAAGUGAAGUUUUAGUUCUCCAGUUCCAUUUCAAGUUUUUCAAAAAAAAAGUUUCCUUCAACGAUUUGUUAGCAAAAGAAAGUUACAAGUUUGAAUUGGUGAUUGAAGUUAUACGAACGGAAAGUCCAAGAAAAGUCAAAACUUUGUUCAAGGAAAAUUUAAAAUUUCAUUGAUCUGUCUGUUCGUCGAAGGAAAUCGGCCAAGACUCCCCAUUGGGAAGGAAGAAGAAGUAGCAGCCGUGGAAAAGUUUCCUUCGUGGCCGCAUUAGUACGGUGGAAAACUCUGUUGUGGAGAAGUGCGCAAGGAGAAAGAGAGAGGAAGAGCUAUUUGUGUGUGGCCCGACUGUAUCCAAGUGAGAGCGUUCUAACAGCAGCGGAAGAGAAGCAAAGGAGCAGCAAAAGGACAAAAAGGAACACUACGGAAAAGGCUGGCUGCUGAACUCCCUUUUCCGAGCCCUGUCGUGGUGGUGGCGUGAAAAUUGUGCGAGAAAAGAGCAUUUGGGUGGCAAGAGCAAAAGAAAAUCCAGAGAGCGUAGUGAGUGGGGUUUUUCAAAAUUCAAAUCGAAGGCACAAGGCUAGUGUGUUAGUGAACUCUGGUUGAUUUUGACAGAUCCUGAAAACACUCCUCAUUGCACGGGUGCGGCCAUAUUCAAUUACACUUACACAGUGAGCACAUACGCACACACAGACAUUGUUCACACUAAGAGUUGGCCCCAUAGUCCAAAGACGACAACGGACGGCAUUUCUGUGUGAAGAUUCCAAUCGGUUAGCUCCGGCUGCAGAAAAUUGUCCUUUUGGUCAAAUCAUUAGUCUAUUAUAUCUGGGACCGAGUGUCAUCUCGUCAGUGUCGGAAGCUCUUGUGAAGGCAAACUGUCAAAUCUAUCGGCUAGUGAAAUGUCGGGGGAUCAAAGUGGUCCCGUUGAGUUGAACGGCACCGGUACUGCCGGUGACGGAUCAGGUGUCGAUGGAAUCGUCACCAAUGGGGGCACCCCGGGAGGGGAAGUCACCAUGAACGGUGGCGGUGGAGAUGCCAUCACCCCGGGAGGUGGUGGUGGCAGCGAAGCUGGAGGCCUCGGUGGUCUGAGCACCGUAGACGCUGGCUGUUCCGAGGGACCGUCCAGCAUCAUCGGCGUUGGGCCACCGAGUCCACUAACCGGGUGUUACUUGCUGAUCAUCAUCGGAGAGCCACACUCGCAGGACCACAAGGAUAUUAUCCUACAGCGGCUGGUUAAAGGCUUUCUCUCAUGGGACGCGACGGACUGUCACGUCGACCUUGAGGAGGAACUCCAUACCAUCACUUUGCAAGCUCUCGAAGGUGAAGAAGGCAAGCACGGUGAACGUUUGAUCCAGUACGCAAGCGAGAAUCUCGUCACGGAGAUCCUGAUCCAUCCGCAGAUCAACACCUUCAUCCAGUGCAUACGGAACCUUCUGAGCAGCUUCACCCGGCACCGACACAUCAUCCACGCUGGUUAUACUUUCGCCGGAAAUGGCUCCUGGGUCCUACAGGACGGCACCUUCUCUGUGGUGGACUUUAUGGAGGCAUUCCAGGAGCACGAGGUACAACGGGUGCUGCGUGCCUAUCCGGAGACGAUCACCAUGGACGUACACUGCGCCCCGGUUGGCAACUGGCAAGCCAUUCAGGACAAAACCUUUGCCCGACUCUGUCGCAUCCGUCUGAAUCCAGUCGAUGUGCUGAGCUCGGGCAGCGAAAAGUUAAAUGCAUUUGUGGACUAUCUAGCAUCGAUGAUCGUACCAACGGAGAUCUCCGAACUGUUGGAAAGCUCCGACGUGGUCGGCAAUAUCCGCUUCAGCCAUCCGACUCUGUAUGUCUUCCCCGGUGGACAAGGCGACGCCGCAUUGUUUGGUAUAAACGGAUUCAACAUGCUGGUGGACGGCGGCUUCAGCAGAAAAUCAUGCUUCUGGGACUUUGUUCGCCAUCUGGAUCGCUUAGAUGCUGUGCUGAUGACUAGGAUCAACAACACCAACAUCAAGGGCAUCUCAGCUGUAGUUGAACGGAAACACGAAGCUCACGUCUAUCCCCAGAUUGGGCACUUUUUCUGUAACAUUCCUGAGCGAAAGGGACUACUCAGUCCUGACGGUGAUAAAGAUCGUGAUCCUUUGCUGGUAGACCUCAUAGAGGAGGGUCAUCAAAUAGUAAACAACCUUAAGACAUUGAACCUUAAAGCACAAAACUGCUACCGUGAUGCUGAGCCUAUUAAUCUUUAUCAUAAAGUCGGUCACGGAACGCUAGACAUGUACGUCAUAAGUCCAGCGAAGGAUUCCAAAGAAGUCAAAGAAUUCCUUGCUAAAUGGAAUGCAGCUGAUCCAAAGCUGUUCUCUCCAAAAGAUUCUAAAGAGUUUGUAUUCCCCAUGCAGAACAUAAUAUCUAUCUGCGCCCUAUUAGUUUGGACACCGGCAAAUCCAGAAGACAACAUAACCCGAAUUCUCUUCCCUGGAUCCGCACCAGAGUACAAAAUCCUUGAAGGAUUAGAAAAGAUGAAGAGCGUGGAAUUCAUGCGCCAACCGGUGUGCACAGUCAAGUCAAUAGCGUCGAGCAUCUCGACACAAACAAUCAUGAAAAAAUCACUAAAAUCAUCAUCCAUCGAUAAGAUCAUUCCCGAGCCAAUCCUUCCGUCCAAGUCAACGAAACCAUCUGAGAAGGAUAAUAAGAUUUUAGACAACAAAAUGAAAAUGAUCGACAAUAGACUGGCCGACUCCACCAAAAGCUCAUCGGACAUGAUGGAUAGCUCGGCGGAUGAAGCUAAACUGGAAAAGCACAUCACCAAGUCAAGCGUUGCAGCCAUUACCACGGCUAAAGUCACUGUUAGCAAAUCCAAAGUAAUUAAAACGACGUCUACCGAAUCGACAAAGAAAAUUGAUAGCAUGCUAAUUGAAACCAGCAAAAAAAUUGACCUCGACGAGAAAAAGGACUCAUCCGAUGCAGGUUCUGAAAAAGACGAAAAUGAAAAGAAGGAAACUGCUGAAGAUUCCAUUCCUGAGAAGAAACUAAUUCAAGACAGAAAAGACGACGAGUCGAAAGAAUCCAAAAAAGAAGAAACCGUAACAGCGAAAGACGAAACCAAAGCAACUAGAAAGGUUUCUGACAAACCUACCAGACCGAUAACAGCUCGUUCAAGAUUCGACACAAAACCACCAAAAGCGACAACGAAAACCAUUAAGAAGAAAGAAGAUACUAAAUCUUCACCAACAACUCCGAAGAAAUCAGUUGAACCCAAACUUACCAACGGUGUUUCGAAGGACGAUGAGCCGAAGAAAGCAGCAGGUCCUCCAAAAACAACGAAACCGAUGACAACCAGACCUGGUAAGGCAAGCCCGAAGAGUACACCCGCUAAAAGCGCAAAGGAUGCCAAUAACCGUAAAGUUCUGGAAGCCCGUCAACGACCCGCUGCUAAGCCCGCUCCGGCAAAGCGAGAUUCGACGGAGAAGAAGGAAUCACCCCCAAAAAUUGAACGAAAACCGAUUUCUCGCCGACCUAAGGCACCCGCAUCGGCCGCUCCAGUCGGAGGAAGCCCGGUAAAGGCGAAGAAAGUCCUCAAAUCCGAAAAGGAUGCUGUUAUACGCAAAGCCAAACUAGAUAAGAACGGUACCACCGAUUCCAGUCUAGUUUCCACACCAAGUGCGGAUGAGGCCGGAGUCGCUGUACAGAAGCGCAUAGUCGAUUCUGCAGUAUCUACUACGACAGCUGGUUCGGAUAUUGACUCCAUCCAACAACAACACUUGGACGAACUUAAAGAGGAACAAGAAGCGGUUCGAGAAAUUGAAGCCGUCUUCAAACGUGACUCCGAAAAAAUCAAACGCCGAGAAGUUCUUUCGGAGCAUCGUGAGAUUCAGGACAGUGCCACAGAACCCGAAGAAGAGGAGGAGUACUUGAUCAUUGAGAAGGAGGAACAGUAUACCGAAGAUUCCAUCAACGAACCAGAAAGCAGCGCAACGAAGGAAGAAGAGAUUCAAAAGCAUCAACGGGACUCUCAAGAAUCCGAGAAGCGCAAGCGCGAUAGCCUAGACGAUGAAAAAGAAGAGAAGGCUGACGUCGGCAAAAUUGAAGGUGAAACGGCUGCUGUAGUGGAAAUUAUCGAAGGUGAGAAAGACGAGGAACAACAGGAAGAGGAGGUUCAGCAAGACGACAAAGAGAAUGUCCUGGAAAAGGAGGCGGUCGAGGAUGUAAAGGAGGAACCCAGAGAAGCAGAGAAGCUGUCGCCCAAGCAUAAGCAGGACAUCGAAGAAGAAGUUCAAGAUAUUAUUGCUUCGGCUAAGGAAAUUGCCAAGUCGAAAAUGGAAACAUCUAUGGAUGGAUUAAAAACGGAGGAAAUGUCAUCAAUCAGCCCGGACGAGAAAAUGAGCAGUACGAAAAAGACAAGUGAUACGCGAGAAGAGACCGAACCAGAGCCAAUUCAAAAGGAGCACAUUGAGCCGCCUCACGAGAGUCACCACGAGGAAAGAGUGUCCGCUACGGCGGAAUCUGGCGCAACGACCACGGCUCCAACUUUACCUGAAGAUGAACGUAUUCCGUUGGACGAAAUCAAGGAAGAUCUCGUGAUUGAAGAGAAGCACGUCAAGGAAGAAACGAAGGAAGUCGAGAUUGCACCUCCACUUCCGACCGUCUACGAGCCACUAGAAAGGCCAACACCAGCGAAAAUGCACUUCAGUGCACAGCAAGCCCACAUGAGGGAUGUUGUCAAGACCCCAGAUGAAGUUGCGGACUUGCCUAUGCACGAAGAGGCUGAUUUUGAGGAAUACAGCGAGGACAAGGAUAAAGAAGAUGGAAAAGAACGAGAUAUUAAGGAGAAACCUGAAGUUGCUGAUACAGCACAAAAGCAGGAGACUGAUGUGAAGCAACCCGAGAAGACUGAUAAAGUAGUAGUGGAUAAAUCGGCGGAAAGUGAUAAACUAUGUGAUACAGUAAAAGACGCCAAGCAAGAAGUGCAAGAGGUUGUUGAAAAAGUAGAGAUUGACACAAUGGUCGAAAAACCACCAAAACUAGAUACUCAGCAAUUAGCUAAGGAUAAACAAGACGAAGCUGCCGUUCUUGAAGAUCUCGAAUCACAGAUCAUUUCCACUGAGCCAGAGAUUAAGAAACAACCGGAAGUGGUAAAGUUGGAACAAGAACCAGAACAAGUCAUUGUCGAUGAUGAAGAAGACAAAAAAUCAGUCCACGAAGAUGUGAUUGUUGCCACAAAGGUCGAACCAGUAAUUCCGGUAACAGAGCCAUCCGUGUUGGACGAGAUCUGGAGUGCACCUCAAAAGGUAGAAGAGAAACUAGACGAACUGAAGCAAAUAAUCGACGAUAAGGCGAAAGAAACAACAUCGGAUCUAGUGGCCAUGAAAGACGAGAUGAUCAAAGAAGUGAUUGAACGCAAGGAAGAUGUUUUGGAUAAGGUCAAACAAGAGAUCAUCGAUACAGACAAGAAAGUGAAGGAGACGGUUACCGAGCUAGGUGAAGAAGCCGAAAAGGUUGCUGUACAAUUUGCUGGAGAAAUUGUCAAAGAUCUUAGCGGCAAGGCCGACGCUGUUAGUGAAGAAUUGCACGAAAAAGCUCUACAACUUGAUGAGAAGUUGGCAUCAGAAGUAAACAAAAUUAAAACUGGUGUUGAGCAAGUUGCUACUAAAGCGGAAAAAGUCCUCGAUACCAUAGAAACCGAGAAGAAAGAGCUUGAAAAAUUGGCAACUGACAUCAAACAAGAGGUAUCUGGAAAAAUUGACGAAACCAAAAAGCAGAUAGAUGCCGAACUGAACAAGGCAGCGGAACAAGUCCAGGAAAAGGCCAAAAGCGGGAUUAGUUCAUUCUUUGGUGAUAUCAGUGAGAGUAUCAAAUUGGGAAUAGAGAAAGUGGCCGAUAAGGUGGAAACUAAACUCAAAGAUAAAACCGAGCAAAUUGAAACUCGUCUGCAAGAGGUAAGUGACAAAAUCGAGGAAAUGAAAGGCAAGGAAGUAGUUGAGGAAGUGUGUGAAAAGAAGGAAGAAGCCAAGGCUCCGGCAUCAUCAGACGCAGCCGUUGGCUUUGAAACGCCGUUUGGCUACGAGCGUACAUUCACACAAGAAUUAAGAGAAACUCAUAUAACAACACUCGAUUCCCCGAUAUCUGAUGGCGAUAAAAUUGUAGAUUUAAAGUCUACAGUGAAAAUUCCGCAGAACAUUGAUGAAGAUAAAGAGCUGGAAGAGUUGGAGUCCAAGCAGAUGACUGGUUCGUAUAUUAUUGAGGAAGUCAAAUAUUCAAGCUUUGAGGAUGCAAAUCUUCGUGAGAUCAAGGAGGAGGAGGAGGAAGAUCGUGUUACCCCACCUCAGAAAGGCUCAUCGCCAAAGCUUGAGCCAUUAGUUGCUCCACCACGUGCCAGAACCCCAGAAGACGUCGCUAAGAUUGUGGCAAAUGUUGCCGAAGUUCUGAAGUCUGACAAGGAUUUAGAAGAAAUAAUUCCAGACUUUGAUCCACAUGAGCUGGAGCGUAAACUAUCGCAAGGAAUCGCGCGUGAAGAAGAUGUUGGUACUGUUCAACGAAUGCUGGUUACCGCUAGUAGUGAAGAUGGUGGAGAAGAAACGGUCAUCUGUCCGGAUGGAACAAUAACGUUUUCCAAAUCGGCGACACCAGAGCCUCCAGCAUCUGGAAAAACCACCCCAGAGAUCAAGGUUGAUGAUAAAACUGUCGAAAAUGAACUAUCGGGAGUGAAACAUGAAAAACCACAACUACCAGAAGUGAAACAAGAUGAAAAGUCCAGUCCAGCUUCAUCUGGCAAGUCUUCACCAGAUUUGAAAACUUCGCCAACCUCGAUUGAAGAAAAAGACAAACAUGAACUGCCAGAGAAGGUUGUUAUUGAAGCUAGAAAGACUCCCGAUAAGGCAACAGAAGAUCGCAAGGAAUCCAUUGCGGAUCAGUAUGACCAAAUCGACGAUUCUAGACGUGAGUCCGCUAUUAGCACUUUCAGUGAACGCGACUAUACAAAAGACGAAAGCUCAAUUCUUGACGAACGUGACUCUUCUAGAGCACAUUCGAUUUCAAGUCACAUUAGUGAUUUGAAAGAAGAUGCAGCCGAUGCCAAAUCGGCAGCAGAUUUCAUCAAAGAAUCAGAUAAGCAGCAAGACGUAUUUGCUGAACCUGAGAAGCAAAAAGAUACCUCGGCUAAGAAAAGCGAAGAAUUGUCAAGUCCGGAAUCGAUAACUAGUCAAAAAACAGUUUCAGAGAAGUCUGUCGCUGCGGAGGCAGUUGCUCCAGCUCAUCCAGAUGAGAAAUCGCCACUCGAUGAUAAAUCCAAGAAAGAGUCAUCUAGGCCGGAAUCGGUAAUUAGUCAUGCAAGUGAAAAAGCGCCCUCAGACAAGGUAUCUGAAGCAGCCGAAUUAUCACGCCCGCAAUCUGCGGCAUCAGCAGACAAAUCGCCACAAGUUGAAACUAAAGUUGGUACGUCGAAGGAUCAAUCACGACCCGAAUCAGCUGCUUCGCAUCUAAGUGAAAAGUCUGGGACAAAAUCUGAGACACAAGAACCAUCUCGGUUAGAAUCAGCAACGCCAGAAAAACUGAAGCAAGAUGUCGUGAAAGAAGCUUCUCGUCCCGAAUCUGCUGCUUCUCAUGUUAGUGAGAAAGGACUUGCGGAUAAAGUUGAAGCUCCACAAGAAUCACAACCAGCAUCGCGCCCAGACUCGUCAGCUGUUACUGAACGACUUGAAACAGAAGCCGAUGAUAAAUUACAAUCGCGUCCGGAAUCGGUUGUCUCACACGUCAGCGAUAAACAAUCAUCUGAUAAGAUUGAUAUCAAACUGGAAGAAACAACUAAAUCAUCCAGACCAGAAUCCGCUGCUUCGCAUGUAAGUGAACCAAUUUCUUCAGAACAGAUAGAAACUGCAACUGAAGAAGUUAAAAAAUCUUCCCGGGCUGAGUCCGUAGCCUCACACAUUAGUGAAAAGGAAGCCGAGGAACUGCAACAAGAAACAAAGGAAGCUUCAAGACCUGAUUCUGUUGCAUCUCACGUUAGCGAGAAAGCCUCCCCUGAGAAGAAGGACGUCAAGGCAGACGAAAUCAAGGAAACGUCACGCCCUGCAUCGGUUGCAUCUCAAAUUGAUGAUAAAUCACCCCCAGAGCAGAAACAAACAACUACAUCUGAAAAAACAGAAACAAAUCUUGGCGAAACUAAAGAAGUUUUGAGACCAGAGUCAACUGCGUCAAAUGUCAGCGAAACAUCAGAAGUAAAGAAAGACGAAAACAAGGACGUUGGCCACACUGAAAAAGAAGUUGCCAAAGAAUCUGUACCAUUGACCGCUAGUGAGAAGAUUUCCGAUAAAACAGAGACUAAUCAGGAAAAACCUGCGGAAGAUUCACGACCUCAAUCAGUCGUGUCACAAGUUGACGAAAAAGCUCCUGCUGAAACAGUGAAAGUAGAAGAUGACAAACACGCUUCACGGCCAGAAUCUGCUGCUUCUCAUAUCAGCGAAACAACUUCAGCAGAAAAAGCGGAACCGAAACAGGAUGAAACCAUAGGUGAUAUACGUUCCGGAUCUGCUGCCUCCCAUAUCAGCGACAAAGAUGAAGGCAAAAAGGAGGAUUCCAAAGAAGUAUCACGACCCGAGUCAGUGGCUUCUCACACCAGUGAAAAACAAGAUGUUAAGGACGACACGGCUUCAGUAAAAGUGGAAACUAAAUCAGUGGAAAGUAAAGAAGUUUCUCGUCCCGAAUCAGUAGCAUCCCAGGCCAGUGAGAAGAUAUCUGAUGAUAAAGAUACUAAAAAAGAUGUGAAAGAGGACAUUAGUUCUGAAAAAGGGGAAACUAAAUUAGUAGAAAGUAAGGAAGCUUCGCGUCCCGAGUCUGUAGCAUCUCAUGCUAGUGAGAAGAUUCCAGAUGAUAAAGAAACCCAAGAAGAUGCGAAGCACGACAUUACUUCCGAAAAAAGCGCUACUAAGUUAGAAGAGAAUAAGGAAGUUUCACGGCCCGAAUCGGUAGCAUCUCAUAUCAGCGAGGCAGUUACUAGUGAAAAAGAAACGAAGGAACAAUCACGACCAGAAUCAGCUGCUUCUCAUAUCAGUGAGAAAAUAACCACUGAAAAAGAUGACACUAAAGAAGCAUCAAGACCUGAAUCAAGAACAUCCCAAGGCAGUGGAGCAGCGGAUACCAAAUUGGAAACAUCGCAGCGUUCAGGAUCAGUUGCUCUGCAAAAUAAUGAGGAACUUUCACAAACUAAACAAGAAGAGAAAGAUCUUUCACGAGCCGAAUCGGCGGCUUCUCAUGUCAGUGAACAAGCAUCCGAAAAAUUAGAUGCAAAGUUGGAUGAUUCUAAAGAAAAAUCACGACCUGAAUCAGUUGCUUCUAAUAUAAGCGAAAAAGCUGAUAUUGUUAAAGAGUCUUCUCAGUCAAGUGGGGUUCCAUCGCAGCUUGGCGAGAAGACAGAAGAAUUGCGACCCGAGUCAGCAGCUUCCAAUGUGAGUGAGAAGACUUCAGAGAAACAAGAUACCAAGCAAGAAGGAACAGAAGAAGUUCUGCGACCUGAAUCAGUUGCUAGUGAUAAGACUGUUGAAAAGGUAGAUUCCAAACAGGAAGAAAUUAAGGAUGUUUCAAGACCCGAUUCGGUUGCAUCGCAUUUGAGUGAUAAAGCUACUAAAGAUAAACAAACGAAGCAAGAAGAAGUUUCGCGGCCAGAAUCGGUCACUUCGCAAGCGAGUGAGAAAGCAUCUGAGGACAUACAUACAAAACAAGAAACAUCAACGGCAGAAACGGUUACAUCUCAUCUGGGUGAGAAAGCUCCGGAAAAACAUGAAGAAGUACCACGACCGGAAUCUGCCACAUCUCAUGCAAGUGAUAAGACUUCGGAGAAGUCAGAUGCCAAACUAGGGGAACCAAAGGAACCAUCACGGCCAGAAUCGGCUGCUUCUCAUGUGAGUGAAAAAACUUCUGCUGAAACAGUAGAUGUGAAAGACUCUACUAGCCCGAUCACUGGAGAUGUCAAACAAGCAGAUAUAGAAGAUCAUAAACCAACAGAUUCAGUUGUUUCUCAUGUAGAUGAGAAAAAACCUUCUGUGCAGGGAGAAGUCGAGGUUGUGUCAAGACCAGAAUCAGUAGCUUCUCAUGACAGCGUUAAAGCUCCUGAAAAGGAAGAUUCCAAGAAAGAAGACGUUAAAGAAGUUUCACGACCAGAAUCAGUGGCUUCAGAAGUAAGUGAGAAAAUUACUUCUGAGAAAACUGAAACCAAGAAAGAAUCCGUAGAGGUUGAGCAGCUGAAAUCAAUCGCAUCUCAAGUCAGCGAAAAAGUCACAAUCAAUAAAUCGGACAUUGAACUAACCGAGUCGAAGAAACCAAUCCAACAGGAAACAGUAACUGACAAGACAGAAACAAAAUCGGAACUGAAGGAUUCCUCGCGGCCACAGUCAGCUUCAUCUCAAAUUAGUGACAAGGAACCAUCGAAGGAUGGAUCAAAAUCAGAAGACCGGUCUAGGCCUGAGUCCGCCAUAAGUGAGAAAGCGUCAUUAGCUGAGGACAAAGCUACCGAGUCCAAAGACGAUUCUGCAAAAUCAGAGGAGAAGGGUGAUUCUCGACCUGCUUCUGAAAGUUCGCAUGUAAGUGAAAAACAUUCUCCCGCGAUGAAAGAUUCUUCACGUCCCGAUUCUGCAGCAAGUCACGUCAGUGAAAAGGGGUCAUUAGAUCAAACACUUCCACAGAAAGAAACAUCACCUCCAGAAUCAGCUGUUACCGACAAAUCACCUACAAAGGAUACUAAGCCAGAAGAAAAGUCAUUGCAAGGAAGUGAAUCCCGUCCUUCUUCAGUAGCAAGUCACAUUAGCGAGAAGGUAUCUUUGGAUAAAAGUUCUGAAAAAGAAGAAUCUAGACCUGCAUCAGCCGUUAGUCACAUAAGUGAGUCAGGCCCAUCGGAAAAACUCGACGUAGUAAAAUCAGAAGAUAAAGAUGUAUCGCGUCCGGCGUCAACGGCAAGUCAUGUGAGCGAUAAAGCAGAUGCGGUUGAUGACAAAAUCGCUACAGUCAGUGAAACGGGGGCGAGUCAACCAAGUAAGAAUGAGCCCUCAUCGACUAGCGAGAAAGUGGUAAAAGACACAUCAGAUUCUGCUCCGAUUGACCAAAGUCAAGCUUCACGGCCAGAAUCGGUCGCUAGCGACAAGUUAGACAAAUCACCAGCAGUGGAAUUGAAGCUAGCUAAUGAAGAACACUUGAAGUCAACGUCUGUCUGUGAAAAGGAAACUCCCAAGGCAGCAUCUGAAAAGGAAUUGUCCAGACCUGUGUCGGCUGCCAGUAACGUGAGUGACUCAGCACAACAUGCGUCGCGACCCGAAUCAGCACAGAGCCACGUAAGCACCAAGACUCAAGAAACGGAUAGUGUCCAUAAGGAAGAUUCCAAAGAAGAAAAAGCCACAUCUCAACCAGUAUCUGUCGCUAGUUCAGUGAGUGAUGAAAAAGCACAAGCCCAACCAGAAACUGUAGCAUUGAAAGAGUCAAAAGUUGAAGAUAUAGAAUCAUCUCAACCAAAACCUGCAAGUGUUGCUUCAAUCGAUAAAGUAGGUGAUGGGGAUUAUUCGCGACCGGAGUCACCAGCAAGCUUUUCCAGUGACAAAAUCGAAACUUCAAAAGAACCUGCAUCAGCGCAUGUAGAGAGGGACUUAGCCCGCCCGGAUUCUGCUUGCAGUUAUCACGGCGAGCCGAUUCCUGAUGAGAAGACAUUCUCUCGUCCGCAAUCCCCGGAUAGUUUUGCCGAAGAUAAACUGGAAGAAACGAAACUGGAAACUGAACUUGUACAUAAAUCGGAUGACACCUUGACGCAAGAAACAAAAUCAGUACCAAAAGAGGAUUAUUCUGAGCAGAAAGAAUUCUCACGACCAAGCUCACCAGCUAGUUGUGGAGAUGAACCGGAACUUACAUCAAAGUCUCCCGACUCAAGGGUUCCCGAAAAGAAUCUUGCUAGAAAGGAUUCCGUGGAAAGCUAUCAUGGGGAGCCAAUCCCUGGCGAGAAACAAUUUUCAAGGCCUGAUUCUCCAGCGAGCGGUGGUGAAGAUGACAUUGUUGACAAUGCGAUUAAAUGCCAAGAAAUCUUGAAACCUGAAUCAACUAGCAGCCUUGCUAGCGAAAAGGAUAAAUCACCUAUCGUCAAUGGAGAUGAUGCAUCCGAACAUGCAAUUGAGUCCAAAGAAGCUUCAAGACCUGCAUCAACUGCCAGCCACACAAGCGAUAAAGAUAAGUCCCCUGUCGACUGUAGAGAAGACGCUUCUGAAUCUGCGAUCAAGUCUAAGGAAGCUUCAAGGCCUGAAUCAACGACCAGUCACACAAGUGAUAAAGAUAAGUCACCUGUCGCUAGUGAAAAAGACGCGUCUGAAUCUGCAUUAAAGGCCCCGGAAACUUCAAGACCUGAAUCAGCUGCCAGUCAUACAAGCGAUAAAGAUAAAUCACCUGUCGUUGGUGAAGUGAAAUCGCUGAAAAAGGACGAAGGGCAAGCUUCAAGGCCAACAUCGGCAGCGAGUCACAUUUCAGAAAAGUCAACUACCAUUGAGUCUAAAACUGAAUCACGAAGAGAAUCAGCCGUACAAGAAGACCGCCCGUCAUCAGCAAUGAGCGACCAUGAGGAUGAACGGGAAGAGAAAAUCAUUUUAAAGGAAUCUCGAUCAAAAUCGCUCUCAGCCGUCAUGUCUACAACAACACAGCGUAUCGGGUUCGAAGGUAGUGCUUUGGGCGUACUAGAUGAAAGUGCUGCUACAUCACGUGAUGAUUUACAUAUAUUGAAAACUCCCCGCGAAAGCAUCACUAAAAUAGAAGAGAUGUCAUUUACUGAAAGAAAGGUACAGCCUAUUGCUUCAAAAACGACUAUGUCACUAUUUGGCCCGAGUCAGUUCCCGGCUGAAGAAAAGCAGGAAUCUACGGGAUUCCCAGUGGCGGGAUCCGAACAUGAGAGUCCCGAUCAAACUGAUUCAAUAAUCCCAGGGGUCGAUCGACUUUUGAAAGAAACCGCCAGUUCAAUGAAGGAAAUUGAAAAAAUGUCUUCGACUGUUAUUUCAAUGAUUCAGACAACGGAGAAGAAGGCGGAAACUGUCAAACAGGACAGCAAAAGCUCAACACUCGCUUUCCCUCUACUUGACAGUGGUAAAUCAACUCCAAUGUCAGUCGAAAAGGAUAAAUCUCAAACUUCCAGCAUUAAAUCGACUAGUCCUCAUGAUAAGGAUUCGCUAGAAGGAAGCUCAGCGUCAUUGAAUACUUUUAUCGAAAAGGAUAGCCUUUCCGAAAGCACGAGCAAACAGGUAACUAUCAAGAUGAGUGCUGUAGAAGAAAUAACUGAUUCGAAAACUAUGGCUACAAGUACAAAGGUAGAAAGCAUUGAAUUGCUUGGCGGAACCAAAACUCCACCAACAGCACCGAUCAGUCCGAAUGUUGGAAAGGAAGACUUCAGUUUGGGACAUCAUAUUGAAAGCACCGUGGCAAGUACCACUGCAACGACUGUCACUUCAACAAGUCAGAUGUCUGUCAAGCAACAGAAGGAAGAUGCGUCUGGUAUUUCAACACCUAAAGAGUCUGUACCGUCUGGAAAGAGCAGCCCAGGUCUAAUGUCAGUUCAUACAGGUAGUACAGAUAGUGCGUCAAAGUCAAUCAAUCUCGGCCACAGUUCAGGUAUUGAAACAUCAGAAUCAUCUCCCAAACCAACGUCCCCAUUCCCGAAAGUAUUGGAUACGUUGAAAACGGAUGAUGUAAAAACAAGCUCUGGAAUGAGUACUCCAGAUAUGACUCGCACCUCUACACCGGAUAUGGUUGAUUCUCAAAUUGAGCGCAUUUCCAAAGACUUAAAAGAUGAAGUGAAAGAGGAGGUAACUACCACGACCACCACUACGACAAAGCGUUACAUAAUUAAAGAUGGCGAAAAGAUUGAAGUCGGAAGUACUGUCAAGACAGAAGUUUCAGGUGAUUCCAAAAAGGAUGACAUUAGCAGUGCGGGUGAAUCAUUGUCGACUUCUACAACUACCACUACUACUACUACAAAAGCUGUUAAGGAGGUCAUCAAAACCCCAGCAAAUCUCACUUUGUCCUCAACAGAAGAUCGUAGUUUAACUGACGAGUACGACGAAAAGGAUGUCCUUUCGCCACGAUCGGAUAUUUCUUCAGGACAAGCUUCACGAAUUGUGGCUGGCUGGCAUGACGAAGAUGUUCCCGGAUCGCCUAUGAGUGUUACUUCCCAAGCCCCACUAUCACCAAGCACGAAAUAUACCUACGACUAUGAAUUACAACAUUCGAGUUCCGGUGUUAGCAAGAAAUCCGAUAUAGAAAUCGAUGAUAGCCAGGAUGAAAUACCUCCGCAAUAUGGAAGUGAUGAGGUCAAGUCGGCUAUCACCAUUGUUUCGGCUUACAAGCCAGAUCCCAUGAGUACCUCGUUCUAUGGACAGCUCCCAGACGUAUCGGAUUCAACAAUUACUACUUCUACAACAACUACAAAAUCUGUUCCUAUUCCAAUCACUGCUGGCAAAGCAUUCACCAAGACUUAUAUGGAAUACGCAUCCAGCGGUGACAGCAGCGUAGAUUCCAGUCAUCUCCACAAGGCUAGCGAUCGCAAGUACCUAGACGAAGCCGAUCUUGACUUCGAAAAGGUGUUCACCAAGUCCGACAAUGUGGAUUUGAUGACCCAGUCAAUGCACUUCUCCAGUGAAACGGAAUUUAUGGCGGGUACAACAACCACAUCUUCCGCUAUGACGACGGUGGCCGAUAGCAGUAAAAAGGAACUGGACUUCACUGCCAGUGGUCUGCCAGCCACAGUGACGGCAUUGCAAGCACAAACCACACAGGCUACCACAGCACAGUCUAGCACUACUGUUACGACCAGUGGAAGUAGCACUCAACAGGCUCAGUCAGACAAAGAGAAAGAUACUCUGGCUUCGUGGGGAAAGCCACUGGGGCUGCCCUCUCCAGCACCAUUGAACGACGAGAACAUGAAGACUACCCCCAAGAAGGAACGCAGAAUGAUCCUCAGCAAGACGAAGCUAAACAACGAAAAGAACCUACGGAAACGGUCGGAAUCGCCCAUCAAGGCUGCGAAGAAACCUUCCCCGGUGUACGUUGAUCUGUCAUACGUACCGCAUCACGGAAAUUCCUACUACGCAAACGUGGAAUUCUUCAAACGGGUCCGAGCUAGGUACUACGUCUUCUCCGGAACGGAACCGAGCCGCGAGGUGUACAACGCCCUACUGGAGGCAAAGCAAACCUGGGAAGAUAAAGAAUUAGAGGUAACUAUCAUUCCAACCUACGACACGGACGUGCUCGGUUACUGGGUAUCGGAGAACGAAGACCUGCUUGCCAAGUAUCACAUUGACCUGUCUCCGUCGGCCGCACGCUGUACGAUCAACCUACAGGACCACGAAACAUCAUGUUCUGCCUAUCGACUGGAAUUCUAGGCGAGCGGGAUAUUUGUAGCAUUUUCCAGCGAUAUUCACACGGUCCACACACAAUCCCAGGGUGGAUCCUCGCCUGGGGACUCCUCGAUUGCCGCUGCGACAGUGGCCUUCGUCGAAGCCUCCAGUGAGGAAGUGCACCAUCGCGCAUAGAUCUCCCCCGGUUUGAAUCCCGUAGUAAAUAACCCAGGAGAAUGCCACCCAUCCCUAUUCCUGUAUACAACACGUACUUGUAGGGUUAUGUUUCUAGACCGUUAGGGAUCCAUAGGAUCUCUAGAAUUUAGCAACAGGGUCUCUUUCUGGUAGCUGGGAAGAGGCAAACAUUUCGAAUUUCUUAAAUUUAUUCCAAUGAAAUGAUUUCGAUUUUUUAAGAAAGACAUACACACAGAUAUUCCCACUUACAUACAUAUAUUUAUACACACAAAAACACACACACAUACACAUUUAAUGUUCUGUAAUAGGUGAUAGUUAGUAUUUAUGAAACAGUAGCCUAACAAAGGAGUAAAACAAAACCAAUACAUAGGAGAAGACAAUUAAUAUGAGCUUAAAUAUCACGAACACAAACAGCAACCUAAAAACAAACUUCGCUGUAAAUCGAACCUCCUUCUCAGUGAUAGAUAACAGUGCGAUCUAACCUCAACUGCUGACCGAUAAAACCCAAAGAUUCUAGGAGCAAAUGCCAAGCCAAAUGAUCCCAAACUAGUCGACGUCGAGGAUAGACACAUAAACCGUAUCUAGGAGCAAACUCGUACCUAUCAAAAAACAAACAUGUUAAAAACACACACGACGAACGAGUCGUAGUGAAUCGAAAUGAUUAAUUCCAUGACCCUACAACAAUGCUAGAACAAGGUAGUUAGAGUUGUGAUAUUGUUUUAAAAAUACAAUUCUGGCUGCGGCACUAGAAGUAAAUCGAUUUAUUCUUUAAAUAUAAAAUUUACAUCAAAAGACCGUGAGCGAAAAAGUUCUUCUUGAUCAAUACUGAAUAUUAAAGGUCGUAACUUUUCCUUAGUGUGACAGUGUUUGACCUCAUGUUUCUGUUCAUUAAAACCAAAGUUAUUAGAAAUGAGAAACACUACUUCCUUAUUGGUUGUCGACAUAUUGCAAUUUCGCAGUGCAACGCAAAAUUACGCACGCAACUUCCGUCUAAAGUAUUUUUCAGAACAUAAACAUACACACAUACACAAAUACAGAAACAUGCAAGCGUAUGCACCAUAUUUUAGAGAGCACUUUUGAAACAUUCGAACCGACAGCAAAGAAACCGACGCCAUUUUGGAAGUAUUUUUACAACGAUCAACAAAUUAGUAGAGGAGCUAUGAAUGAAACGAUUGUUAUGCUUAAUAUUCAUGCAAAACGAAAACAAGGCGUGAAUUUUGUUAGUUGCACUGCGAGAUGGAGACAGUCUAAAGAAGUGAAAGAAAACUAAACGGGACAGUCUAAUCAAAUUAGUAGAACUAACAUUGCGAUGAAAAUCCUCACAACUUUCACUAAUAUAUUUACGAUUAUAAAAUUUAUUGACACGUUGGCCUGUUGAAUGACUCAGUUGUCAUUCUGCAAAGGCAAAUUAUCAAGAUCGUAUAUUUUUAUAUAUACAAGCUCGUACACAGGAUUGUUGGCAAAGGAGCUCGCCUCCGGCAAAAAUUACGGCAGAAUGAAAUCUGGGAAGUUAUUAAGCGAUGGUUAUUAUAAAAAAAAACGUCUUUAAUCUUGACUAAACAAAAAUCUGCAAAUAUAUACAUAAAACAAAAAGAGAGAAAAUUGAUAAUAAAAACAACGCUAUCUGAUAGGGUGAAAAACUUGUUCCAUAUUGAGUUUCUCCUUUUCUGUGCAACAAUAGAUAAAAACGAAUCUUUCAAUCCAUCACGAUUCUAAAUCUGACUUUAAAAUAAACAAAUUGAUUCCAAUGCCAACGCUUGGCGAACCCUGUUAUUAUCAUAAAGUACCUACGUCAACAACCUCUCGCCCAAAACCCAGGUCCUCUUUCUACAUACCAGCUAUAUUAUAGUACUCGUUCAUCAAGCUGCAAAAUCUUUGAAAAGAGCAAGUUUCUUAGAUUAAAAAAGAAAGUUAUUCUCGAACAAAUAUUACAAUUAAACAGACAUACAGUUAAUUGAUACUUGCAAACAAAGAACAAAUCUUAGAAAGUAAAAAAAAUCUUAGUGAUGUUUACGCCAGCUAAAUACUUAUUAAAAGAAACAAAUAACAAAUGUUACGUAUAUAUAGACAUCAACAGCUAUCACGUAAAUAUACAAACAAAACAGUGCAGUAGCUUUAGCAACAGAGCAUUGUAGUCUUCUGUGUGUACUGGAACUGGAAGCAGAGGAUUGUUGAAUGGAAAUUGACGAUUUUUUAUAUGCAAUUUUAAGCUUUUAUAGUAGUGAUGAUGACCACGGGACACAGCUUAACAACUACGGAUAUAAACCAAAACCGAAUCAAGACCGACCCUUCAAAAGGCUUCAAAAUACAGUUAGUUAGCGAUUAUCGAAAACAAAACAAACAAAAGUCCAUUCGCAUUGUUUCCAGACUGGAACGCAAGGAGUUUCGCUUGGUUGCCAUCUAUAUUUUCGUUAUGUUUGGCUACUAUUGUAACAAAAAAACCUAAUCAUUGUCGAAAUCAAUGAGAUUAAUAUUUUGUGGUCAAGAAGGCUGAUGGACAAUACCUUGGUAACUUUUUAGAACAAGCAUACGGGAAAGUUAGCCAACAUUUGAAAAUGUUUUUCAAUUGAUCUAAGCCUUGGUUUCCAACUAUUUAUUUUCUACUGCGAAAUAAUUUGCAGACAUGCAGUUUUGUGAAUGAUUAUGAUUGUUAUCAACCGAUAGAUACCGGAAAUGAAUCGCGUUGCGGAAACGCAUAAAACGUCAGCAUAAAACCAAUAAAGAAAUCGUAACGUUGUGCUAGGGAAAUGCCGGAAAUGCCUUUUCUAGGAAAGAAUCAAUGAAUUGAAAAUCUGUUGUAAAGCAAACAUGGGUUGCACCAAAAAGCACGCAAAUAUUGUACGUAGAGUAAUGAACGAACAGCAAACGAUGGCUUAUGCAAAUCAAAAAAUGCAUGUCAGAAACUUUUUGAAUGUGAUUUUACAAGCUAUAUUCAGUUGUUUUAAGUUUUGCAAAGCAUAGCUGUGUGUAUGUAGUAACGAUAGAGCACGAACAAAAAUUUUAAUUGGUUUGCGCGAAAAAUUAACGCAAUAAGUUAUAUUGUUCCUUGGUUCAAGAAAAGAUUGCAAAGAGAAGACUAAGAUAACACAUAAGAAAUGAUAUUAGAUUUAAAAAAUAACAAGUUUGCAAACACUUUUUGGAGGAAACAAAUAGAAAGAACAACACAUGUAUUUAAAUAGCAAAAAAAAAUAUCAAACCUGUCAGCUGUAUUAUGAUUAUGGCAGAGUAAAGAAAACAAUUUUAGCUUCAUCUAGUCAGUUGAUUCAAUGUUUCGUCUGUUAAAAGAUUCCUUACGAAAACCAAAAUCAAAAAAGCCUGCAUUGCACCUACUAAUUAUCAUGCAAACAAAUCAUUCAACUGUUGGUAAUUGCUCGAAAUAAUUAAAACUAACAACAACGUGGAAAAACAUUAUGCAUUUGUCACAAAAGCACAGAAACCUUUGAAUCGAUACAUUUCCAAUUCCCCAACGCACGCAGAUUCUCGAACACGAUCAAUAUAUGAAAGAUGAAUAAGCUUCACACAAAAUCAAUGACACGUACCGUAUAUUUUUGCAAUCUAUGUCGUUGUAACACAUCACGAAGAUGGUCAUCCGUGAAAACCAGGAAUGUAAAAUGGUAUAAUGCUAUAACAGAAGAUCAAAUGAAAGGCAAACCAAACCAUUACAUAAAAUAUGAAUAAUCUAUAGAGAAAAAAAAACAAAAACCAACAAAUUCCAUAUAAAACGAAUCAAUUUAAUUGAAAAAUAUAAUCUAUUAUUAUGAUGUAUGGUCAAACAAAAAUACAAUGAUACAAACAACUGUAUUGAAAAAAUCAAAUAAAAAAUAUAAAAGUUAAAAUGUAAAA